AUGGCCUCGCCUGUAGUACUUGGUGUAGCUGCUCUUGUCGUUUUCUUCGUUAUCCGGUACCUCAACUCAUCUGAUAUUCCAAAAAUCAAGAAUCUUCCCGAGAUCCCUGGCGUUCCUCUCUUUGGCAACUUGCUCCAAUUGGGUACUGAUCAUGCUCUCGUUGCUCGGAAAUGGGCGAAGCAGUAUGGACCAGUGUUCCAGACUCGUCUUGGAAACAGGGUAAGCACAUCAUAUGUCAAGCGCCCAGGUGAAAGCAUACUGAGACUUGUGACAGNNCGUAUCGUAUUCGCCAAUACAUUCGAUUCUGUCAAGCACAUCUGGGUCACGAACCAGUCGGCGCUGAUUUCUCGACCAACCUUGCACACUUUCCACACUGUGGUCUCAUCAUCCAGUGGAUUCACCAUCGGCACCUCUCCUUGGGAUCCUAGUUGUAAAGAGAGAAGAAAGGCAGCCGCAACAGCUCUCAACCGUCCAGCAGUGCAAAGCUACAUGCCUUUCAUCGACUUUGAAUCCACAAGAUCAAUCAAGGAGAUGCUUGCAGACUCAAAAGACGGCACUUUCGAUGUCGAUCCGAAUCCUUACUUCCAGCGAUACGCCUUGAGCACAAGUCUUACCCUCAACUACGGCAUCCAGAUCGAAGGCAGUAUCGACAACGAGAUGCUCAAAGAGAUUACACAUGUUGAGCGUGAGAUCAGUAACUUUCGAUCAACAUCAAACAACUGGCAGGACUAUAUCCCACUCAUGCGACUGUGGCCAACGAACAACGUGAAGCCACUCGAGUACAAGAAACGUAGAACAGCAUAUAUGACCAAGUUGCUGAACAUGCUGAAAGAGAAGAUCAAGGCUGGUACCGACAGACCAUGCAUCACUGGCAACAUCCUCAAGGACCCGGAAGCAAAGCUAAACGAUGCCGAGAUCAUGUCCAUCUGCUUGACAAUGGUGAGCGCCGGUUUGGAUACUGUUCCAGGCAACUUGGUCAUGUGUUUGGCGUAUCUGUCUUCCGAGGAUGGCCAGAGAAUUCAGCGAAAAGCUCUGGAUGAGAUCAACAGAGUUUAUCCAGAUGGCGACGCUUGGGAGAAGUGCUUGAGCGAAGAGAAGGUGCCGUACAUUACAGCUCUCGUGAAAGAGACUCUUCGUUUCUGGUCAGUUAUCCCAAUCUGCUUGCCAAGAGUAAGCAUCAAGGAUAUCGAGUGGCAAGGUGCAGUGAUUCCUGCUGGCACCACAUUCUACAUGAAUGCUUGGGCGGCCAAUUACGAUGAGUCGCACUUCAAGAACCCCUUCAAGUUCGAGCCGGAACGUUAUCUGGACAAGGAGAUGACAGGUAUCGAACACUUCGGCUACGGAGCAGGUAGUCGAAUGUGUGUGGGCAGCCACUUGAGCAACCGUGAGCUGUACACAGCAUUUUUGAGGCUCAUCACAGCCUUCGAGUUCGUUGCACCGAAGGAUCCCAAGGACAAGCCUGUUCUGGACGCACUAGGUGCAAAUGCUCUUCCCACUAGUCUUACUGUGAGUAUAUUCCUUUGUCAUCUCUCAUAUCAAAAAUUGACAUUUUCGCAGAUGGAACCGAAGCCUUUCAAGGUGGGACUUCGCGUACGCAACAGGCAGCAGCUGGACAAGUGGAUCAGAGAGAGCGAAGACAGAACAGCAGACCUUUGA